GUCCCCCUCGUCUGGUCCCUACUCGCGAAAUUCGCAGCAGCGCACUCGGGCUCUCCGGCUUGCGAUGGAGGGUCGGCGAGCGCGGCUUCUGCAAUAAGUUCGCUUCGUUCGCUGGAGUGUGGGCGGCGCAGGCAGGGAGCUUGAGCGGAUGCGAGCUGCGCAGGUCUCGGUCUCGGUCGCGGUCCUCGGCGAAAGAUGUCCCAGGGAUGUGGAGUUUCUGUGGAAGAGGUCCAGUCCUGGUGGGAAGUCCCAGCAAUAGCCCACUUCUGCUCCAUGUUCAGGACCGCCUUCAAUCUGCCAGACUUUGAAAUUGAGGAUCUAGAAGAAGCGCUGCUGAGUCAGGACCAUGCCUUCCUGGCUAACCUCAUCUGUGCUCUGCUGCGGGGGUGCUACCAGCGCACGGAUAUCACGCCACAGGCAUUCAGCAGUUACCUUGAUGACAUCAUCAGCUAUCGCUGGGAGCUGGAGGAGGGCAAAUCCAACCCCCUGCGGCAGGGCACUUUCGAGGGCCUCCCGCCACGUACGCAGGUGGAGCUGCUGCACCGUCUCUGUGAUUAUCGGCUGGAUGCUGCUGAUGUCUUCAACUUGCUUAAGGGCUUGGAUGCGGACAGCUUGCGGGUCGAGCCACUGGGACAAGAUGGCAGCGGUGCUCGCUACUGGUACUUCUAUGGCACGCGAAUGUACAAGGAGGAACCUCUGAAGAUGCAGUCAGACAGUGGAGCUCCUGAGAUAAAAGUACCAGAGAAGAGGAAAAGGGGAAGGCCACCAAAGAAGAAAAAGCUGGAAGAGAUGCAGCUGAGGUUGGACUUGCUAGCGAAACCUUUACCUUCUGAUUCCUGUAAAAAUGACUGGAUUUCUCCUGUUCUAUCAUCUUGGUCAUUUGCAACUUUUUCUUUUUUUCUUGUUGUAAACACAAUGUCCUCUACAGAGGUAAUGAACGUGAUGAUGAAGAUGGUGUUGAUAAUGAUGGCGAUUAUAAUGAUGACAAAGAAAAUUGUAAUGGUGCCAGCGAUGACAUUGAGGAUGAUGAACAGUCUCCUCUUAGAGCAAGCACGAGGUGCCUGGUCACUGGUAUGUGAGACAGAGGAGCAGUGGGCAAGUCUGGCUGAGUGCAUCAAAGACAAGGCCUCCCCUGAGGACCACCGCCUGUAUCGCAUCAUUAGCCAGAACUUCCUGCCUGAGAUCAGCAGCAUGAUCAUGAACAAGGAGAAGGAGCAAAGGGAGAAGCUUCUGGGUCCUGUGACAUUCUGCAGCGGAAACCCUCCCCUCCCCAUCAAGCAUGUCUCUAAGGAGGACGAGGAGGUAUCCCAAGCCUCAUCAGAAGCGGAUAAGCAGAAAGAAGAGGAUGAGGUGGAACGGCAGGCCCUGCUGGCCAAGCAACACAGGGAGGAAAAGAAGCUCCUGCGGGACGCACGGAAGCGUGAUGAGCAGGAGAGGGUCAAAGCUGUACAGGAGCGUGCACGGCGGCGGCGGCGGCAGCGGGAGGAGAAGGUGUGGCUGCUGUCACAGGGGAAGGAGCUGCCUGCUGAGCCUCUACACCUGGAGACUCACUUGCCAGUUCAGGAGGUCCACCAAGCCAAGGACUUCUAUGAUACUGGUGAUGAUUACACUGCUUUGUACAAAGUGUUGGAGACCCUGAAGGCACAUAAAGACUCAUGGCCAUUCGUGGAGCCAGUGGACGAAUCUUAUGCCCCCAACUAUCACGAGAUCAUCCAGACUCCGAUGGACCUCUCUACCAUUGAGAAAAAGCUGAACAAAGGAGAGUACAUGACCAAGGAUGAGUUUGUGUCUGACAUGAAGCUCAUCUUUGAGAACUGCCAGGAGUACAACGGGGAAGACAGUGAGUAUACCAUGAUGGCCGAGUCCCUGAAAAGCUGCUUUCACAAGGCCCUGCUGAAGCACUUCCCAACGGAGGAUGGUGACACAGAUGAAGAUUUUCUGGAGACAGCUGAAGACCAGGAGCGCAAAGAGCAUCGUUGGAGUCGAGGGAAGCAUCUAGGAGGACGGGUAGGACUGAGCAACCUUGUUCAGACCAGGGAGCAGGUCCGGCAUCGUCGUGGCGGUCUAGGCAAGAAGGGCCAUAGCCACUCUUCCGCAGCUCCUCCAUCUUCACACUGCCCCAAUGUGACCACAUGGCUCCAUGUCUCCCACGGACAGCUCCAACCCGCAGCUGAUGUACAUCACAGCGUCACCCAUCCAGUUCACUCGCCCCAGCAGCCACCUGGCCCAAGUGUCCAGCAGAGUGAUGUGGAUUCUCAGUUCCCCUUCCCCAAGCAGGAAUCGUCUGGCACCAGGAUCCCAGAAAUCAGCACUGAACAUUUGGCUUACAAUUUUAACAUGCGGAUCCGUAAUGGAGAUGACAACCAUCGUGGCCCCAGGUUUCCAGUGGAUCCAGAAGCCCAGCCAACCCAGCAGCACCUUCACAUGGGUCCAGUUCAUGGCCCAUCACUAGGGCCACGACCAUCAGCGUUGCAGUCUGGGGGCACCUGCACACCACCACCGGAAGGCAAUGUGUACCCCUCUCGUUUACUUCCUGAAGGACAUGUCAUGCAAUCCGUGGGUAGCAGACACUUGGGCUCAGGGGCUGCUCCACAACAUAUCUAUAGCCGUUUUUGCCACACCAGUGCAGGAAUGUCCACAGUUUGGGCAACAAUGGACAGCCAAGGCAAAGAGCAAAGUGCCACACCUGCUGUGAGAAACCCAAGUGUAGGUAGUCUUCCAACCCAGCACUUCUUCAACCCAGCCAUAGGGGGUUGUUCUGUUGCCCUUAAGCCCUGGCCAGAACCACCCAUGGGUUAUUUGCCCCCUAGUGGUCAGUACCGGACUUCUACUGCUGUCUGCUCCCAAAGCCCCAUGCCACAUAAGUCUUCCAUAACUUUACACAAUUCCCAAACACACAUGGCUUCCAUGCUAAAUAGCCCUGAAAUGAUUGCCCUACAACAGCUGUCUGCUUCAUCCUGCCCUCCAAACCACCCUCAGCCCAACUCCUAUCAGUUGAAAAACUGCCAGCAACCUCCACAGACCACCUCUGCCCCCGUGCCCAAUCCACAGCUGCCUCUGCCUGAAAUCCAGCUGCUCAAAUCCACCCAGAAUCCUGCCACUAAUGGGUGUUCUUCACGCCUGCUGGGCUCAUUGCCAAAAGAGGCCAUUCAGAGAUCUGGAAUGAUUGCUCUUCCCUGGCUAGAAGAGCAAAGAUUAGCACCCAGCCCUGCAGAACAAUCCAGAUGCCUUAGUGUGGUGAGACGGACUCCAACUGCCCUGGAUCAGGAGAGAGAGCUAGAGAUGGAGACGGAGAAGCUGGGUUGCAGCGCUGAACACCCACAGGACACAGAUAUGCGUGGAGGGAAGCCAAAUGGCACAGCCUUAGUCCAUCAGAAUAUUUCCCAGAACACACCAUUCCACAACUCAAAACGCCUUUCACCACAUGCAGGUAUCUCAUCACUGCCUCCUAGCCACCCUGUGUCCCGGCAACCUGCUCAGCCCUGCCCUGCAGACCAUGGAGGCAGGAAGCCCAGUGAGCCCAAGUCCACUAGCAGCAGGGAGCUCAACUCCCCUCCUUUGUCCUGGCAGCAUGGCAACUCAAGCACAUUGAAGCCUUUUGACCAACCUUCUCCUGUAUUUGCCAGUGACCAGUACAGACAAGAGACCUAUUGUCUGGAAAAAAUUCCACUGGAUAGCCAGGGCAAACAGUGCCCUCGUCAACUGCCGUCACCUUGUAAUCCUGUCAUACCCCAACACCGACAGGGGUGGGACAAAGGGGUUGGAGAUCAUUUUGGGAUGGGUCAGUCUACAAACAGACAACACGGUCCAAUACAAGGAAGGAGCCAGCGGCCCUAUCCUUACCACGCCCCACGGCACAUUAUGAGCUCCCAAGACAACGCUGAUAUCCAUCCUCCCUACCACAACCCAAGGGAACCAUACCCUUAUCAUGCAGCCUUGCAGAAUCCCCAAGGAAACUCCACCAUGUCCCCAUCAUACCAGUAUCCACAGUACAGUCACCAGCCAAUGGGUAGCAGCAGGAGUAGCUUCAACAUGGAGGAAUGGUCCAGAGCACCACAUUACUCCCAUCCUCCACUAUCUUCCAGUGCUUACAUGCACGCAGCCAAGAUCAAUGGCCGGAGGAGGGAGAGCAGUGUAUCUCCUCAGGGUUCAGAGGGCUCAAGUGGCAGCCUACUUUCUCUGAGCCCACUGCCUGAAAGGCAGGAGACAUGCAGCCCAGUGAAGCCCGCUCAGGUUGAGGAGGGACCUGAACUGCCCGAGAGUCCCAAGGAGAUCCUGGACCUGGACAGCCAUAAUGCAGCAGCACGUCGAUGUGGCGCUCAGGCUUUACAGAAAGCAGGAGGCACGUAUGGUCCGAAUGGCAUGCAGUUUGGUAUGUGGCAAAGAGGUGGCUCAUCCCCAAGCAUGAUGUCUCAUUCUCCUUACCCAAGUCCUCAACGGUCCCAUCCCUACCUGGUGGAAGUUCUGCAUCAACCCCAACAUCUGCCUUUCCCCACCGAACAGUCGCGCAUUUCCCUGUACAGACAACCCCAGGUAGGGGGCCACUUGCAAAGCAUGAUCGUGCAGCAGGAUCCAGUACCCAAUCACUAUUUCUAUCCUAGGUGAAAAGAGGACAAUGUGUUUUUUGUGUCUCUAAUUUAUAUUCAUUUACACAUGUUUAAUGGACUGUGCAGUGUACCCAUAGAUGAAUUAUGAAGAUGCUGUGUAUUAAGGACAGAGCACAGUUCAUUAAGAGAUUAUUAAGGACAGGGCUGUAAAUGACCUGCCUAUGUUACCUGUACCAAGGAAUGACACUACAAGAACAAUAACUGAAGCAGAGAGUACGAAGGGCCUUACAUUUAUUUAGCAGACGCUUUUCUCCAAAGCAACUUCCAGUGAACUCUAUGUAGUGUUAC